UCGCUUGCAGUUUCCUGGGGAGAGAGCCGCGAGACGGACUGUUUCCGGCUGCGACAGGCAGCAACGAGGAAGGCUGGGCUUUCAUCCCUCCGUCCCACUCGGCGACUGGUUGUGGUUGGUCAUGGGCGCCAAGCGCAAAAGCUCGGCUUCGGCCAAGGGGCAGCAGCCGCCGCAGCCGCCGCUUAAGCGAGCCCGCAGCGGCGAGGUAGCGGAGCUCACCGGUACCCAGUUCAAGUCCAUGGUGCGCGACCCCAGCACCGCCAUGAAGGGUUUGGAAACAUUCAUAUCCAUAGCAAAAUCGUUACCAUCAGCAGAAAAGUAUGAUAUUGUAGAGGGAUACAUAAAAGUUUCUGUUGAAUGUGCAGAAAUUUUAAAACUUAUGGAUGGUGAAAGGCGGCCUGAAACUGAGAUGCUGCUAAUCUUUCAAGCUCUAGAAAGCAUUUUGCUGCGAACAGCAAGUGACCUGUCCCACUUCUCUGUGGUGGGGAUGAACAUAGUAAAGAAGUUGAUCAAUAGCUACAUGAGAUUAAUGUAUGCUGCUCUGUAUUCUGAAAGUCACAGAAUGUCUCGUCUGUGCCUCACCUUGCUAUCUGCUAUGGUGUCACAGGGGCCAGAUGCUGCGAGGGAUGUCUACAGCCACUUUGAUUUCAAUAAUAAAUUCCUUCCUAGCUUAGUGAAGAGGAGAGAUUAUAAGGGCAAGCCUGAUGUCCGUAUGGCAUACAUCCAGUAUGCUCUUUCUUUUUUGAUUGCUGGUGACAACACAAUCCUUGUCCACAUUCUGGAGUUAAAAGAUUUCAUUCCAGAUAUUUUUAGGACUGGAUUAAAGGAAGAUAGGAUUUCUACUGUUAGCCUUCUGCUUUCCACAUUGGCAACUAAGGUGGUUCACAAUAAAUAUAUCAGCAAGACCCAGAAAGUGCGUUUUUUUACGGCAGCAGUGUUGAACCACAUUGCUUCACUCUACCGCUGGAAUGGAAUCACUGAUGUCAGCACAGAAGAUGUCCUGGCUACCCAGGAUCCUGGAGAGGCAGGAAAGAAUCUAGUGAGGAAAUUGGUUCAUAAUUUUUUACUGGAUCUCUGUUGUUCUCUGAAACAUGGCAUUAACUUUUAUGAUCCAAGCCUUGGCACAUCUGGCAGAGGAGGGAAUUUGGUGCUUCUCCGUUUUCUUCUGAGUCUAAAGACUGCUAUAGAAGAUGAGAUGGUUGCUGAUCUUGUGGUGAACAUUUUCAAAGUGUGCCCAGAUUUACUGAACAGAUACUUUAAGGAGUCCCAGUAUUCUUUUGUUCCCAGACUGAAAUCAACUUGGCUAGACAAUAUGAAAUUGCUGAGGAAGAUCUAUGAGGCUCAGCCAGAGAUUUCUACUGCUUUUAAAACCACAGAAUUUAUUCCUUUUCCAAGAUUGCUUUCAAUGGUCAUGGUGACAACCAUUCCAGCAGUGUGUAAUAAAGCCAUGUUCACCCAAGGAUUAAAUAUAGCCAAUAAAACUGUAAAACAUACAAUCUUUUCACUUAUGUCAACUAUUUUGAAAAGAGCACUGAAAAACAUUGAGUAUUGUCUAAAUGAGAAAAUAUGGGAGAAGUCAGAAAUCUAUACACCAUCUAUGAUACAGGAAUUCAUCCAGCAAUACAGGGAAGCACUUAGCAAGCUCUUACCAGAUAUGACUAGUAUAGUAGCAGUCUGGCAGUCACUUCUAAAGCAAGAGAAGGAAGAAGAUGGAGAGAAAAGGAGUGGUCCAGAUGCUGCUUCUAUUGUGGAUGAAAUAACAGAGGGGAAAGAAACAAAUGGAGAGCAUGGCUCAGAUGAUGCAGAGACCACUCUUCUGAAAGCUGUCUUACUUCACGUGAUAUGCCUUUAUCAGCAAGCCGUUCCUCACUUAGUAACACAGAGCAACUUUGACUUUAGCAAAUUAAUAAAAGGUAUUAUUACUGAAAAAGGACUGUGCCAGGAGAUCCCUCCUGUUCUACAAUAUCACAUACUCAAGGUGGCUCUGGAGUUGCCUGCAAAUAAGUUUUCCUGGUUCAAAAUACAGGAUGAAGCUGAGAAGGUUUGUGGUGAAAGAUCAGUAUUUUAUUUACUGAUGAAAAUGUUUGUAACAAGCAACCAUUCGCAGCUCAAAUCCUCAACAAAGAAAUUGAUUAUUAAGGUUCUACAUGACAGUGGAGUAUUUGAGUACACCUGGAAGGAACUUGAACUGUGGCUUGAACAUUUGGAUAACACAGCAGAAGUCAAAAAGGAAGCAGUGAUUCAGUUUUUGGAAAGGAUCUUGGUAAAACUAGUGACCAACCCUUAUCCGUACACAGAUAAGGCAGCAGACCUUGUCCAGGAAGCCAGCAUCCUUCAGGUUAACUUGUUUAAACAAGAUGUUGAUAAUGUCAGCAUACCCAUCUCUCACAUUGACGAUGUUCUGGAUAUGAUUGAUGUCCUUGUGGAAGGCAAUGAAGACUUAAAUGAAGAAAUUGGAUCUACUUUAAAUGAAGACAUGGUUGCCAGCACUUUUCCAUUCAGUGCUGUCAUCCCAGCUUCUUUAGAAGCCAGGAAUAAGUUGCUACUCGAGGAUAAUGAAAACACAAGAGGUGAAAUCAUAGUGGAGUAUCUCAUCACUGUUUUCACUGACGUCUUGCAUUCUCAAAGAGACCCCCUAGCCCUUUCUUUGCUGUUUCAGCUCUAUGAUAAAGAACUCCACACUGUUUCUCCUCAGCUUUGUCAGUUCAACUGCUAUUACAGUCUUUGGAUUCCAGAGCAAGCUAAGGAAGCUUUGUUCCAGCAAGGCAGAAGUAUCUGUGUAGAUGAGUGCCUGCUACCGGAUUCCUCAUUUUCUUCUUUGCUGAAGAAUGCAUAUCAGAAAGGUGUUGCCGUUCUGUUGGAAGAGAGUUUUAAAGAGAAGCUCAGUGAGGCUAUUUCCCAGCUCCAGCCUCAGCAGCUCCUGUUAGCUUCAAAGCACAUCCUGCUGUACCUAAGAACAACAGUAGAGAAUUUCAGCAGUCAGUUUGGCACAAAUUUGUCUCUCUCCCUUCUCACCCUCUUUGUGGACCUGCUGAAGAGCUUGCUGCACAAAGGUGAUGCCCUGGAAUUGUGUAGUCAGCAGGAACAGAAAAAUGCCCAAAGUGAAUCUGAUCUUUUUGUGGAUGCAGAGUCUCUGAUGGCAGCAGAGACUGGAAACGACAAGAUACUGGAAGAAUUGCUUUCUUUGGUCUUCAAACACCCGACAUUGGAGAAUUGGUUCCUGGCUGUAGAACAAUGUUCUCUCCCCACUCACAAUUUAAGCCCAGUUAAAGUGAAGAUACUCUCUGCUCACCUAAAUCAUGGCAUUCUUCAGUUGUUGAAGAUGGGCUGCCCACUGUUGCAACUCAGGAGCCAACUAGAUAUGCUCUCUAGAUAUUUUGAAGCGGUCACUAAAACUGUCUUGGAAGAACUGCGUGCUGGGAGGAAAGAAGGCUACAGGAUAAAUCUCAAAAGGUCGCAGCAGGUGGAGGCGUUGCAAGAACUGCAUACGUACAUGGAUACACAACAACUAAAAGAAGUCACUUUGGCUAUGCUGCAGCUUCCCAAGAUAAAGCUGGCCACCGAGGCAUCUGAAAGUGUUUCUGAAAAAAAAACAUGCUUGAGCACUUAUGGAGAGACUUUGAUGCUGCUUCUCACAGACAGCUACCAAAGACGAUCCCUGAAGGAAGACCUCUUCCUUUCAAGAGAGCACAUUCAAGGGAUAGGAACUCUUUUGUCCACAGCAGUCACAAAAGAGUUGGAAAAGGUCUUUGUGCAUGCCUUACAGAAAGAGCCUGUCUUUGCCCAGGCAGUUGGAGUCGAUGUGCAGCUUUCCUGCCUUAAGCAUUCAACAGAAACAUCCCUUGCCAUUGUAGCUUUGUUAAUUCAGUAUAGUCGGACUCACUUGCUGCAGUUUGAGCUAUGGUGUCUGAAGUGUGGUACUGGCAAGUUUCUGAAAAAGAACGUUGGACUUUUUCUGCCACUCAUCAAUGUGUACUUGGACUGUCGAGAGCAGCACAGUUUUACCCGCCUGUCAAAAGUCUCUUCAGCUGUUAUGUCUGUCUUGAGGGAAGCUUUGUGGCCAGAACUGCUGAAUGUUCUUUUGAAUACUGGUUCAUCACAGCCAUUAACUGAGGAGUGUCAAGUUCUUUCCAAGUUACUGCAGCCUUCAGAAACUGAGAUAUUCAUUAAUUUAACAGAAACAUUACUGGUAACUCUUAAGACAGCAGGAAAUCAUGAACAGUGGGCCAUUGCUGAUGCUAUAUCAAGAGUCCUGGAGAACUCUGCAGAGAAGCUGCAUUCAUGGAGGAAACGUCUGCUAGCUGUCUGCAUAAAAUGGUUAAUCCUUACAUACAGCACUAGCAAAGAACAAGAAACUCACUCAGAAAUUGAAAGUGCCAUGCUGUCAAGGCUAGAGAAAUUAUUGAACUCAGUAACUGAAGUGGUUCCAGAAGACUGGCACAGUUUUGUGAAGAUGGGGCUCAAGUACCGUUAUAAAGACCAGAAUUUUCUGAAGACUCUGAAUACAACUAUAUAUUUGCUGUACCAGAGGGAAACCUCUGUUAGCCAGAGAUUAUUUAAGCUGCCAGUGCUGUAUAUGAUGAUCACGCAGCACUCUUUAUUUUUGUCAACAAUGCUGAGGUCACAAGAAGACAAUGACAUGAAUGUUCAUGCAAGAGAGGCAUUAGUGGACAUCCUGUUGACUCUAGUGAAAUGCUGCCCUGAGGUUUGUGAGAGUAACCAUUUUGCUGUGUUGCUUGGAGCUUAUGGUGCAACACUGAGUGUUUCUGACCAGAAGAUACUGCUGCUGCUUAAACUGUAUGAAAAGAAUGGUCUAAGCCUUGUAAACUUCAGAAUACUGCUUUGGGGUCCAGCUGCUGUGGAGCAUCACAAGACAUGCACAAGUUUGGGAAGGUCACUGUGGCAGCAGCCAAGCAUGGAAGAAAUUCUGUGUCUGCUAGACCGAGAAAUGAUGAUGAGGACCAUUCUCCAUUUCCCACAGCAUCAGCAUCUUCUGCCCCCAGAGGAAGGACAGAUGCUCCUAAGCACAGACCAAAGUGAAGUGGCUCUUCAAGAUCUCUAUGACCCCCGUUUUCUCCUUCAGCUCUUCAGUGAAUUGUUGAGACCAGAAUGUGUUGUAGCAUGUCGUAAGUUGGUUGAAGUCAAUGCCUUGGGCCUGGCAGUGGCUGCCCUUAGCAGCUAUGACAGUAACAUGCGAGCAGCAGCAUAUUAUGUCCUGAGCUCUUUUCGGUCUCAUCUGGAAGGGGCUCGAUUUAGAGAACAGAAGCAGUUGCUUUACCUUAUGGAUGUUGUGCAAAAUGGAAUCAGACAACCAAAUCUCAGAUUUACUUUCCCUUUGGCACUCUAUAUCUCUAGAGUAGCCCACCAAAUGCUGAAGCCAGAGGAGCACAUGUACACAAAGCUGAACAAGUUCCUUCUAUCUCACCAAUAUUUGGAUUUGAAGAAAGUGCCAGGAUUUUUUCAGCUUUUCUAUAGUUUUGAUUUAGAGCACAAAAUGGAGCGUCAGUGGAUUCUAACAAUUAUUGGGGAAGGACUGAGAGAUAAACAUUGCUAUGAAUUAUAUGAUUAUCAGAGAAUUUUCCAUGUCAUCCUCUCUUUCUUCCAUAGUCCACUGUGUGAUGAAGCCUCCAAGCAUCAGAUUCUGGAAAUACUUCAAAAUGCUGCAUAUAUCACCAAAGCUGCCUAUCAGCUAAUAAGAGAUCAUAGCCUUUUAACUUGGGUAUUAUCUGUACUAGAGAAAAGGUUUCUAGAAACCAAGAUGCUAAAUCAUGUGAUCUCCUUAGUCCAUACUCUUUGGGUAACCAAUUUAGGAGAUAAGCAAAAGUCACCUGGAACAUCUGAUAAGAAGCUGCUAGAGAAUCAAAAAUUCCUUCCUCUCCAGCUUGUCAGUGAAUUUCUCCACAUUUUGUUAAUGCUUCUUAAACAUGUUCAGACCAACUCAGAUUCUGCUAAAUUGAUACAGUUUUUCAGCACAUUAAGUUCAGUAUUGGAAUACCGUUUUGUGGUUAUUGAGGCCUUCAGAGAAAUGGACAGAUUCACUGUGAAUGAACAUGUCCUUUCAAACAAAGAUGUUCUGCUGCUCUUGCACAAGUGGAGCAUACUUAGCAAAGAUGUGGAACUUCAAAAUGAUCUUCAGAUAUUCGCUCAACACUACCAAGCUAAAGAAUUGCUCAAAAAAAUUAAAGACAAAAACAAACCACAGGUACCUUUUCGAACAUCAUCCCGACUUGUUCAGAAAAAAAAUGAGAUUGAAACAGAGGCAGAAACGGCCUCUGAGUGGGGGAAAAAAUAUUUAGAAGAAUGCAGAUCUGUUCUGAGAUCUGUACUAGUCUACUGGGAGCCUGUAUUUUUAGAUAUGCCAGCAAAGCAUCCAAAAGAGCACAGUGGAGAUGGCAAUCCUGGCCUUACAUGUAAGAUCGCUUACUUUGUAUUCAGAUGGCUAGUGAAGUCCCUUGUUGACAGCAGCUUCAACAUACAAAGUGUACUUUUGACUUUCAAAUGGUGUAAAAAGAGUGUUUUGCAAAACAGUGCUGUGGUAGACGAGAUUCUUAAAAAUGGAACACUGAAAAGCAGUAUAUUUCAGCUUUACAGCGGUGUCUAUAAUGCCUAUGAAGAGAAUGCCAUAGAACUGAGUGAUCUCUCUUUGCUUAAUGAAAUCAUGCUUCUCCUACUGGAUUCCCAGAACUUGACAAAAAACCCUUUUCAUGAGAUUGUGAAAAGGUUCUGCCUGUCUGCAGUAACAGAGGAAGACACAAUGAAGAAAGCAGGCAUAUUCCUCACUUCUGUUUAUAUUGGAGACAUCUGGCUGGGAGCAAAGCAACCAGACACAUUUAUAACUCAUGUUAAACUGAUAUAUGGGACCACAAAUAGUAAACAAAAUGGUGAUGAACGACAAACAUGGGAACUUAAAGAAGGUAUAGCUUCUCUCUGCAAAGACAUUUACUCAUUCUUAGUUUUUCACCCUGCCUUUCAAUCCUAAAUGCCAAGUAUGUGUUGAAUUUUUUUUUGGGGGGGGGAACUAUUCCAUUCAAAACUGUAGAGACCAUUGUUUUAGUACUUGUAACUUGUUUGUGCAUAUGUAACAUGAAAGUUAUGGUGUAAUUUUUUUAAAAAAAAGGCUGGAUUUCAAAUAAAUAUAUUUUUCCAGCAGUUAUCAAAGUUGGUUUUUAAGGCUAUUUUUUAUGUAUUAUGUUUUAAAGGGUCUAGCAAUGAAAAAGCAAAAAAAUGGUUUGAAGCUAGUACAGUUGGCUUGAAGUUAAAUCAUUUUGCACUAAAACAAAGAGAAUACAUGGAGUAAUUGAGUUAUACAAUACGUCUUGUUCUCCAGAUUAAGAGUGGAGGUGUUUUAACUUCCUUGAAGUCAGUGAAAUGUUAUCAUUAAUGUUCACAAAGUUUCUUAGUAUGGCUUUAAAGCCACAACAAACCUCUGCUCAGGCAUUGUGGAGGUGAAAGGGGCUGAGCUAUUUGGCAGCACUUGCUCAUUUUGAUGGAGUUUAGACAGAAGCUUCUAGUGGAAGCAGAAGGGCUGUGGCUCGGUAGAACAUACGUUUUGUAAACAGAAGGUCCCAGGUUCAAUCCGUGGUGUCUCCAGGUAGGGCUGGGACAGACUCCUGCCUAAAAUCCUGGAGAGCUGCUGCCAGUCAGCGUAGGUAAUACUAAGCUAGAUGGACCAACAGUCUGACUCUCUAUAAGGCAGUUUCCUAUGUUCCUAGGGAUGCUGUUACAGACUGCUCUAGGAAAACGUUAUGUCUGAGACAUAGUUGAGUGCAAGCACAAAAAACAAUAUACAAAUAGAAUAAUACCUUCACUUAUGUUAAAUCUUGUUUUGAUUAAUAGCUUUAAGAAUGUAACAUCGAUCUCACAUGGAUUUCUAUUAUAUAAUUCUAAUAAAAUAUAUAUGAAUAAUAUAAACUAGCCAAUGUCUAAAACAGUUUUUCUUGAAUGAUACAGCUGCAUUUAGAGUUUUACGGGUAGAGUACUACAACUGUACUUUGAACAUUUUGUUUAUUGUCAGAUUGCUAGUCCGUUUCAGAGGACUAACAAUCUAAGAGCUGUAUUGUUGGAAAAAUAUUAAAACAGUGUACGGAAAAACCAAUAUUAUAUAUGAGUGAGGCUCUUAGCAUCAGCUUCUGCAUAAAGUAAGUGGAGUCAUGAAUUGCCUCGGAUGGGUGUGAGCAUUCAGCUGUUGAAGCAGAACAUUAUUUUAAUAUAAGGAAUUGUGUUUUGAAAAUAAAUUCAGGCACACAACACCAUGAACUGUUACUGGUCUGAUCUGCCACAUUCUUACAUUAUGCAAAAAACUACAGUAAACCAUCUCUUGUUAAGUUUUUUCACUACUUACAAAACUGCUCACCUAUAAUGGAUUAAAGAAGCCUGAUUGCACACACAUUUUUAACUUUAUGUUUCUGAUUUAAUCCUGACAUUAAUACCAACUUUUGCUAGAUAUUACAGCUGAGAUAAUUGAUUGUGUUAAUAACCUGCUUAAUUUUAUCAAAUGUUCUAAAGUGGUUACUUGUUCUUGAGGAGGUUACAUCUAGACCUAUCUCAUGGUUAUAUAUUUCUCUGUAUGACUUCAUCUUCAGAUGGGCUGCAUAUUUCAAUUGAAAUUAAAGUUGCAACAGUCUUGUUUAGAUCAGAACACUGUUUGAAUCGUCCCCUCUAAUUUCUUCUACUUGGUUAUCUACAGCCGUUGGUCUAGCAUGAUUAGUUAUAUGUUUUUGAUGAAUAAUAGUUUUUGAAUAAUUCCAUGAAAACGUUUUCUGUGGUCCUCCAUUCCUGUGAA